CAGGACGUGGCACUCACACCACCACUGUGACUAAGCAGGGAGAGGCACCACCGUCCUUGCUGAGCGCAUCUGCCAGCGGAUCUGCCCCACUCUGGGCAGACUCCUUUCAUAAAUGCCCCUCCAAGGAACCCUGAGUGGGAGAGGCUCAUUUGCAGGCAGCGCCAGCAUCGCAGCACAGCUGAACUGCCGCUUAAAGCCUCAGCGCCAGCAGGUCAGCCCAUCAAGGGAAACUUGGAUCCGGUGUGAAGGAACGAGGAGGAGGAGGAGGAGGGCAAGCGGAGAUCACCUGCCCUGCAAGAUGCUGCAGGGUCUGCUGGCCCCCCUCCUUCUGGCUGCCUCAGUUGCUGUGGUGGGAGCCAUGCCUUCCCCUGAGCAGUGCAAGUCCGAGAUGAACAAGAUCAAGGACCUGCUGGAGAUGAGCUGUGUAGACAAGGGGCUGACCAACAUCCCCAGCGGGCUGCCCAAGGACACGGGCAUCCUGCUCCUCGCCUCCAACCAGCUGGCCAAGGUUGCCCUGGCCUCCUUCCAGCACCUGCCACAGCUGAGUGAGCUGGACCUGUCCAACAACAGCCUGAAAGCUCUGGAGACCGGCAGCACCCUGCCCGAACUCAAGCAGCUGCUUCUGUCCCAUAAUGGCCUGGAGAGCUUGCCCGCUUUCCCGGGGCUGCCCAGCCUGAGGCGCUUGGCAUUGGGGCACAACCAGCUCUCCCAGCUGCCCGAGGGGAGCUUCCGUGACCUGGGGCAGCUGCAUGAGCUGGAGUUGCAGGGCAACCGGCUGCAGAGCCUGCCUGGCAGAGCCUUUGAAGGCCUGCCGAUGCUGAAGGAUCUGGACCUGUCGGACAACUGCCUGGAGGUGCUGCCCCCAGAGCUGCUGGCUGAGCUGCCCAAGCUGGAGAUUCUGCGGCUGGAGAGGAAUCGGCUGGAGCGCGUGCCAGACGGCUUCUUCUCAGGCACCGAGUAUGCCUACAUCUACCUGGUGGGGAACCCCUGGCUGUGUGACUGCCGUCUGGACUACCUGCGCAAGUGGAUCAACGACAACGAGUUCUUUGUGUACACUCGCAUGACCGUACAGGAGGACGGCUUUGACAAGGAGGUCACGGAGAAUGAGCCCCAAAAAGUCCACUGCCAGGCGCCCCCCGAGGAGAAGGGCCAGCCUGUCAUGAGUUUCGAAGCUGACUGUCCUGCGGGUGAAAGCUGGACUCCCUCUCCGAUCACUUCUCCUUCGAUGGCCACUGCCCCCCUGACUCCACAGUUCAGGAGUUGGUUCAGGAGUCAGGGGAGCGCCUGGAGGCGGUCCUCGCACAGCCCAAGCACAGCCAUCAGCCCAACUGGUGCCGCUCUCACAACCACAACAAGCACUUCAGGGCUAAGUUCUACAAUGACACACUCCCCUACAACCACCAGUCCUGGUCCAACCACCAUUCUUAAUAUCCUCACCACAUCCACAGCUGUAGUCACAUUCGGCCUUUCCACCAGUGGUGCCACUGCGGGAAGGUCAACUGCAACUUCUAAUGGUCCCAUGACAGCCCCAGGCCCCUCAACCGCCCACGUCCCAACCCCCCGUGUACCUACCACGAUGGGAACCUCUUGCACCCCGCUUCCUCUCAGUCCCACUGCCUUGAUGAUAACCACCCCACUUCCCCCGAAGGCCCCUCCAACAACAACAACCGCAGCCGGGCAUCCUCCGAGCCCUGCGGCCCUGGUCCCCUCCACCCUCACCCCCACCCAUGUCAAAAGCUCACCCAGGAUUUCUGCUCCCCUUUCCACCCACAAGUUUUUUCCCCCACCUCCCCCCAAGCCCUCUGCCGACUGUCUCUGCCCCGCCCUGCCCGUCAGGGUUCUUGGAGUGGCUGCUCGUAAGGGGUCCAACACAGAGUGGCUGGCUGGCUCUUGCUGCCUCCUGCGCCUGGUGCUCUACCUCGUCUGCCUGGCAUUGGUGGCCCUGCCAACCCUGGCCCUGCUCUGUUGGCUGGGCUGGCUCUAUCUCAGCUGGUACCGCCAGGCUGUGCGAGGGGCUCCAGGGUCUCGCUUGGUCAGGCCCCAGCAAUGGCAGAAAGCCUCCCCCAAAGGAUGGCAGCCGAUGUUUGCUGAAGCCCCACGUCCCACAUCCGGGCCCCGGAUCUAUCGCGUCUGCAAGAAGUUCCAGGUGGCUCCUUCCCGCCACAUCACCUGGAUGCUGGUCAGCCUGCCUGGCUCUGCCGGAAAAUGGGCACAGAUGCAGGCCAGGCUGUCCUCCUACAGCUUGGACAGAGGAAAGGACACCCUGGGGGCCGUGAGGGUGAAAUAUGCUGCAGCCUCUUUAUAAGGGCCAACCAAUCUGGCAAAUCAGAAGCCCCCAAUGUCCCUUUAAAGGGGGGAGCUUGGGCAGGCGGCUUGCAGUCCAACAACCAGGGGAGAGGGGGGGAAGAGGGGGGGGGGCUAGACAUGCAUGUAUGAGAGGCACCCAGUUCCUCUUCCCAAUGAUGAAUCCAGUUAAGUGUUCCCAGUGACGGUUCUGGCCCCACAAAUCUUGCAACUGUUCCCAGAUCUCCCCAAUUAUUAUUACUGUAUCUUUGUACCAUGUUGCUUUGGACAGUACCAGAGAGGAUGUGGUUGCCUGUGAGGGAGGAGGCGGGAGUGCACAGGUGGGGGUCUCUGCACGUCUCUGCUUAGGAGCCCUUCAGUCUCUGCAGAUGAUCAGGGGCUGCUGAGAAGUUGGGGAGGGUCCAUUUUUCCAGCCUCUUGAGGGUCUGGCGGGGGGGAGGGGAAGCGCAGUUCCUGCCCCAACACUGCAAAGUUGCAGUGGUUGUGGGAUGCAGUGAUUGGGGAAGGGUUCUCUAUCCCAGCUGCGACUAUGGCCCUCCCCAGAUAGCCUCCCAGCUGAUGGCUCAGAUGCGUGCAAAACCUUCACUGCCCCCAACCACCAAAGACCAGGGGCCUGUUAAGGCAGGGCUGACCUACAACCCAGAGAAAAGGGGGACUAGACCCUGAUGUGUGUGUGGUUUUUUUUUGCAACAUUCCCUUGUCUUCAAAGUAGGCCAGGGUCCACACGGACUUGCCGUUGUCUCACGAUGCCCUUGAGGGAAGCUGCCCUGCUACGACUGGCCUUUGGGCGUCCUUGCCACGAGACCCCCAUUCCUUUCCGCAGGAGGGGGAAGAGGCAGCGCACUCAUUCAUCAAGGAGGCCCUUGCUGAGACCGACAGCCUCCCUUCCUCAUGCCAUCCGACCGCUCCCUGCUGGCUCACACUGGAGGGCAUAAGCAGGUCCAAAGCGUCUCCACGCAGGAGACCCCAAAGACACAUGCGUGAACCCCACCUUUCAGAAAUGCAGUAAUCAGCUUUGCUGCCACCAGAGGGCACUAGCCAUCCACACAGCUGAGAAACCAGCUAAGUCCCUCCAAGGAGGAAAACCCCAAAACAAACAAGGCCUUUAGGGGACUCCUAUUGGGUGGGGGAAUUCUUGCAUGGGGUGCAUGGAAGCCUUCCAAAGGAGGUCAGUGGACCCCUCCAGCCUUGCAGCUGCUGCGUGGAGCUGGGUCUUUUGGAGCAGCCAAGAGCCUGUGGAAGCUCCCCCGCACAGCCUGGGGCCCAGAGUGCUGGACAGGUGGCCAGUGCUUCCCCAUAGCAGUGGGGGUGGGGAGCAGGAAGCCCCCUUUGGGCUCAGUUGCUGAGGGUAGCUGAAGGGCACAGCCCGGCAAGGGUGCGGCCAGGAGGGCUGGGGGUGGGAAGCGGAUGAGGCAACGGGCAGGGGUCUCUUCCUCGGCAUCCAGUUAGAAUAAAACUAGUUUUCCUUGCACGACCUGCCUGCCUCUAUCUGCUUCUUCCUCCUUCUGUCUCCGGGUGGGACCGCAGAGAAACAGCAGCAGCUUCCCUUCCAGGCCAAACAUGGCUGCAUUUAGAUGAUUAAAAGGAGCCUCCCUUCCUGCCAGUCCCCUCCA